CAUAUAGCAUGAAUAGUAUCGGCAUCGCAGGAUUCUCUCAUGACUUUGGUGCUUUCUCCGGGAAACCUCAAAUUUCGAUGACCUGGCCUUGAGCAGUGGUGCUAAGUCACGAUCCUCUUUAAAACCCUACUUUCCUGGCUACUGAAACGCUCUUGCCCAGUUAGCCUCACGGUUGCAUGAGGUUUUACUGAUCACUGGCACCCCUCAAAUGGAAUUGAUAGGCCCCGCUCUCAGCGGGCCCUCAUCGAAAUGUACAAGAACGUCGGCAUCCAAAACAAACUCCGCACAAGUAGAAUUCGGCGACAUCGAUCCAACGUGGGAGCAGCUCAAUUCGAGCCUUCCAUCCUCGACGCAGUCGUACACGAAUCCCUACGAAUGCACCCACCCGUUCAAGAGAUCAGGAGAGUGGUGCGUAUUCUACCAUUCAGCGAUUCAGCAACCGAGAGUGGCCCUCAGCUUACAUCUUUCGUGGGGGCAGCAGAAGAUGUCAUCCUUCCUCUCGCUACACCCGUAGUAACCAAGUCUGGGGAGAUGACUAACAGUAUCUUCGUUGCCAAAGGAACUCUCCUUACCGCCCCCAUUCAGACGCUGGACGUAUCCGAGAAGAUUUGGGGCCCCGACGCGAAGGAGUUCAAACUGUAGAGACACCUGGAGGACAGUGCUCUAAGAGCAAAGGAGAU